AUGGCUCUCGAUCAACGGAUACGCAAUUGGCUCGGGAGUAUAUCAGAUACUUUCGAGCCUUUGGCGCCGCUUGAGAAAAAGCGACCGUACGACGAUGCGCCGUCGGUUCUUCAGAAGCGAUGCCGUACAGACUCGCCGACUCGCGAAGUCUCGUCUAACCAAGACUCGCAGCUUCGACAGCUCGGCGCGAAGCGACAACGAACUCUACUAAACUACAACUAUGGUGUAACACCUCAAGCCGUAUCAGGGGAGAGAGCCGUCUCAGCGCCUUCGUUUCCACGACCAUACAGCCCGGACCUUUCACCCAAUGCGUGCACCCAAAUCGACUACUUCUCUCUACAUGUCCCUCCCAACAGUCUCCCCCCAUCACUGCAACUGUUUAUGAACAAAGUCAACGAGAUAUGCCGAGGCGAUGGUAUACUCCUUAACUCGGAUCGCAAGUUCAUCAAAGACACGAGGGGAACCGAGGAAUACAAGGACUGGGGAUGGGCCCGAGGUCCCCAGGGCGAGCGAUAUUUCCAUGCCGACCGCGAAUUGCUUGGGAUGACGCCGCCCCCUAAUGUCGUCAGUAGGAUUCUGUACCAGGCGCAGUUUUGUCAUGUGUCGGGUGCAUCGCAGGCGGAUUGGAACAUUGAGGUGAUACAACGGAUUCUUGAGGCUUCGCUGAGGCCUUCUGUAGGCCCAGCAUGUAGCCAACCCAUCGACUUUAGAUCAAGCACCACCGCUACCGUCAUCCCCGAGUACGACACCGACUCUCUACACCCUCGACAGACCCAGUUCUCCAUCUACAUCGAACCCGCCUGCGAUCCCGACUCCCGAAUCUCCCGCCAAGUCCAUAAUUUCUGCCAGAGCCUCCCCUGCGGCACAUUCAACCACCUCGACCUCCCAACUCUGCGCGCGCGACCGAUCGCCUUCAGUAUCGAAACCCUACAAGACAAUACCGUGGGAUAUCCUGGUCUACGCAAGGGCGCAUCGAUGCUGCCGCAUUGGAAGUUCCUCGACGACCUGCUUGCCAGCAGAGACCAGGCGUACCAGGCGCGACGCAAAUGGGAGUGGCAGAAUGACCCCGAAAGUCAUGCCAAAUCAGAGGCCCUGGCCAGGGCAGUCGGCAUUCCUGAAUUCCUGCCAGGCAUUGUCAUCCAGGGCCAUAAAUGGCAUCUUGUAAUUGCCAUUCCCAAGGGUGGGAAGAUGGCCUUUUGCGAGAAGAUUUCCUUUGGGAAUACAGCUAGCUCAAAGGGCAUCUACCAAAUAAUUUGCGUACUGCAGCUGCUGAAACACUGGGUCCGGGAAUUUUACUGGCCGUGGUUGCGCAGGCUGCUGCUGAACUGGCCACGCCCACCUGGUGGUAGGUAA